GAAAUUUUGACGUCCGCAAAGGACAAUACAAACACUCUCUUUCUCUCUCUAGAUACAGCGAAGAAGAACAGGGCACGUACUGAGACAAGAAAAAAGAAAAAGCAGAAGAAUUGAUUUAAGAGGAGAGCAAAAAGAAGGUUUUUUUUUUUUUGGUGAAGUGUAAACAUAUUAAUUGCUUCAGUUUAUUGAAGCAAAAAAGAAGAAAAAAAAGGAGUAGAAGAAUUGAAGAGAAAGAGAGUUCAAAAGACAUUUUGGUAUUUUUUGUUUUGGGUAUGUUUUGAUUGAAAUCAAAGCUUUGGAGAUUUGGGAAACUUUCUUUACUUUUUUUAUUUUCUUUCCCCUUCUUCUUUGUUUAUCUUUUGACAGUAACUGUGAGAAUUUUUCAACGCUGGUAAGUCUUCUCAAAGUCUCUUUAGCUUUGACCCUUUUGCUAGUUUUUUUUUGGGGUUUAAGUCUGGAUCAUUGAUUUCUGCUGUCAGUGGCUGGAUCGAGGUUAGUUGCUUUUUUAAUGUAUUUGGUUAAACGUUCGUUUUUCUUCUAAUAAAGUUGCAAUUUCUUGGGGGUUUGGAGGUUAAAAAUUUCAGCUUGGUCAGUUGAUUUUACUGUCUUUCUCUAAUUUUAAGUAAAAUUUUGUUUGAGUUUUAAUGAAAUUUCUACGGUUUUGAGAUUUGGGUUUUUCUUUAAGAUUCGAUUGGAGUUUGAUUUUACGGUUAUCGGAUUUCAGUUUUACAUUUCUUUUUGUUGACAGUCUUAAUUACUUUUUGUGCUGAAUGUUAGUAAAAUUAUUUUUCGGAUGAUUUAUGUUUCAGUGGAUCUGAAAAUUCUUAUGUCUUCUUUUCUUUUAUUAGGAAUUCGAGGGAAAGCCAUUCUAGUGUUGCUUGACUGUAAAUGUUAGAAUGCUCAGAAUCAGAGCUUCUUCAUGGGCUUCGGUUUUCUUUGGUAAUGGCCGCUUGUAUGGUGGAGCAGAAAGCUAUAUGCUCAGGCACAGAACUGAUCCCUUGUUAUUUGUCCACAAUGAGGACUGGAAAGUUAAAAGCAGCCAAGUUGGGCUGAUUUCUUGAACUCUGCGGUUGAUUUUUUUGUGUUUUGUUAUUAACUGUUGUUUAUUUAGUUGAAUUCAUGUUGUUUUAGAUAGUUGUUACAUUUUUGUGAGUGAGUUUUAGGUAGUUAGUCUUGAAACAUGGUGCCAUUAGGGCCUUCUACUCCAAUAGGUGGUGCGCAGUCUGUUCCGUCAUCUCUUUUGCGAACAAAUUCAGGGAUGCUAGGAUCACAAGGCGGUGGUCUUCCUUCUCAAUCUGGGUUUCCUUCAUUAGUGUCUCCUCGUACUCAGUUUAAUAAUAUGAAUAUGCUCGGGAACGUGCCUAAUGUUUCUUCCCUUCUUAAUCAGUCAUUUGGGAAUGGGGGUCCGAACCCUCAGCUUUCUGGUCCUGGGAGUGGCCAGCGUGGAGGAAUCGAUUCAGGGGCUGAAUCUGAUCCACUUUCGAAUGUGGGUACUGGGAUGGGGUUUAAUGCCCCAUCGUCAUUUGUGCCAUCGAACAUGGCAAACAUUGGGUCGUCUGGUCAAGUUCAAAGUCAGCAGUAUUCUAACCUUUCUGGUAACCAUAUUUUACCAGAUCAACAACAGCCCCAACAACCGGAGUCACAGCAGUUCCAACAUGGUCAACAAGGGAUGCAACAGGUCUCUGCCCCUCACAACACCCAACAAGGACAGCAGCAGCAGCAGCAGCAGCAACAGUUUCAAUCUAUUAGAGGAGGGAUGGCUGGUGUUGGGGCUGUCAAAUUGGAGCCACAACUGACUAAUGAUCAGCACAGCCAGCCACAGCAGUUGCAAUCGCUGAGAAAUCUUGCUCCUGUGAAAUUGGAACCACAACAAAUCCCGCCUUCAAGAACUUUGGCACAGGUAAAAAUGGAACCUCAACAUUCAGAUCAGUCAUUUUUGCAUCAGCAGCAACAACAGCAGCAGCAACAGCAGCAGCAGUUGCUCCAAAUGUCACGGCAGCCCCCACAAACUGCUGCCGCCCAAAUCAGUCUUUUGCAUCAACAAAGACUCUUGCAGCUACAACAGCAACACCACCACCACCAACUCUUGAAAGCAAUGCCUCAACAAAGGCCUCAAUUACCGCAGCAGUUUCAACAGCAGAAUUUGCCUUUGAGAUCACCUGUGAAAUCAGCAUAUGAGCCUGGGAUGUGUGCUCGGCGACUGACACAUUACAUGUAUCAGCAGCAGCAUAGACCUGAAGACAACAAUAUUGAAUUCUGGAGAAAGUUUGUUGCUGAGUACUUCGCUCCAAAUGCCAAAAAGAAGUGGUGCGUUUCUAUGUAUGGAAAUGGCCGCCAAACAACUGGUGUUUUCCCUCAGGAUGUAUGGCACUGUGAAAUAUGCAAUAGGAAGCCAGGACGUGGUUUUGAGGCGACUGUUGAGGUUCUCCCUAGGCUUUUCAAAAUUAAAUAUGAAAGUGGUACUUUGGAAGAACUUCUUUAUGUUGAUAUGCCCCGUGAGUAUCAGAAUUCAUCAGGACAAAUUGUCCUGGACUAUGCAAAAGCAAUACAAGAAAGUGUUUUUGAGCAGCUUCGUGUUGUUCGUGAUGGUCAGCUUAGGAUAGUUUUCUCACCAGAUCUGAAGAUUUGUUCUUGGGAAUUUUGUGCUCGGCGUCACGAGGAACUCAUCCCUAGAAGAUUAUUGAUACCUCAGGUUAGUCAACUUGGGGCUGCAGCUCAAAAGUAUCAAGCUGCAACACAAAACGCAUCAACAAAUUUAUCUGCUCCUGAUUUGCAGAAUAACUGUAACUUGUUUGUAGCAUCGGCUCGGCAAUUGGCUAAAGCCUUGGAAGUGCCAUUGGUAAAUGAUUUGGGUUAUACAAAGAGAUAUGUGAGGUGUCUUCAGAUAUCUGAAGUGGUUAAUAGUAUGAAAGACUUGAUUGAUUACAGUAGAGAAACAAGGACUGGACCCAUGGAGAGUUUGGCCAAGUUCCCUCGAAGAACGAGCACUUCAUCUGGUUUUCAUGCACAAUCUCAACAGCCUGAGGAACAGCAUCAGCAACAGCAGCAGACACCACAACAGCAAAUGAUGACCCAGAGCUCUAAUGGUGAUCAAAGUUCUGCCCAGGCUUCUGGGAUGCAGCUUGCUGCUAACAAUGGUGUGGCUAAUGUAAAUAACUCGCUUAAUGUAGCAUCUGCAUCAACAUCUGGUGGCACCAUUGCUGGGCCUCUACACCAGAAUUCCAUGAACUCCAGACAGCAGAAUUCUAUGAAUAAUGCAAGCAGUUCCUAUGGUGGAAACUCUGUGCAGAUCCCGUCCCCUGGUUCCUCUAGCACAAUACCCCAAACACAAGCAAAUCCUUCUCCAUUUCAAUCGCCAACACCUUCCUCAUCUAAUAAUCCUCCUCAAGCUCCGCAUGGUGCCUUAGCAGCUUCAAGUCACAUGAGUUCUGCAAAUUCUCCAGCAAUGAACAUGCCUAUGCAGCAGCCAGCUCUUUCCAGUGAGGCGGAUCCCAAUGAAUCCCAAAGCUCUGUUCAGAAAAUCAUUCAUGAAAUGUUGUCUAGCCAACUUAAUAACACUGGCGGCAUGGUUGGUGCUGGCACUCUAGGCAAUGAUGUGAAGAGCGUAAAUGGAAUGCUGCCACCGAGUAACAACAUGGUUCUCAGCGGUGGCAACACUUUGGUCGGUAAUGGAACCAUCAGCAAUAAUUCAGUUAUUGGUGGUGUGGGGUUUGGUUCAAUGAGUGGUGGACUAGGGCAGUCUGCUAUGGUGAAUGGAAUCAGAGCCACAAUGGGAAAUAACCCUGUCAUGAAUGGAAGGAUGGGAAUGGCACAGAUGGCUCGGGAUCAGCUAAUGAAUCAGCAACAACAGGAUAUGGGGAACCAGCUACUGAAUGGACUUGGAGCAGUUAAUGGUUUUAAUAAUUAUCAAUUUGAUUGGAAACCUUCCCCAUGAAAGAAAGUGCAAAAAGCUGAUGGUUCUUUGAUUACAGCUGUGCUGUUGUGUGCAGCAUGGGAAUCGGCUGACUUGCCUGUGGCCCUGCCAGAUUCGUGGUACAAACACUAUAAUGAUAGAUCAAGGUCUUCCCCUCCCACUGUGUACUAAUUUCAGGAAAAAAGUGAAAAACAACAUAUAGCAUAGUGUUUUUAUCAAUGAAAUGUUAAAAGCAACUUUGAAGUUGCUCCAAUUUCCUA